ACUUGAAGAAAUGCAAGAGCAAAUUGGUUUGAAUUUGGCAAACCGAUUGACCAAAAAGCAUGUACAUUUCAGAAACUCCAUAAUGAAUGUGAAACUUGCUACCCAACUGCUGAGUAGAAGUGUCUCAAAAGCAAUUGAGUUUUGCCGACAAGAACUUAAACUUCCUGGUUUUGAAAAUAGUGAAGCAACCGAAAAAUUUAUUAUGAUAAUGAACAACAUUUUUGAUAUUUUCAAUUCCCGAAACUUCAGUUCCCAUGGCUUUAAACGUCCAAUUAUUCCAAUAAUGAAAGAUGAAGUUUUUGCGGAGUUACAAGAAGCCAAAGAUAUGAUAUUGAGUCUCAACAUAAAAGUUUCUAGAAAAAGAACUUAUAAAGAGCACCAAACCUCUAAGAAAAUCACACUAAAAACUUGUACACCUAUACUAAAAUCCCCUUGCUUCACCGGGUUUCUUGGAGUUCUUGUGUGUAUUAAAAGUUUGGAAUCGUUAUAUGAGACUCUAAUUGAAUCCAACAGGCUGCGGUACUUGACCACGUAUAGAUUAAGUCAAGACCAUAUUGAACUGUUUUUCGGAUCAAUUCGAAUGCAUGGCGGACACAACGACAACCCAAAUGCUCGUCAGUUCAAAGGCAUUUACAGAAAACUUCUGUGUCACAUGGAACUAAAAUCAGCGGAAUCGGGUAAUUGUGUCCCCUUAGAGCACAUAUCUAUUUUGAUGUGUUCUUCCGCGCUAAAAUCGAUAAAUGAAACCGCUGCUUCAACGCGGCCAGAUGAUGAUGAGGCCGAAACCAGUGAACAGGAAUCUUUAGGUGAAAACCUGGAACGUGCGUCACAAUUGUUACACAACACACAGUUUUGGGAGUACAAAGAACAGGUGGUAGGAUACAUCGCUGGUUAUGUCGCAAGGAGCUUAUUAAAAAAAAUCAAAUGUACUGCGUGUAUUGAAUCCCUGCUGGCAAAAGAAAAAAAAGUAUUUCACAAAUUUGUAAGUGUGAGAGAUGAAGGGGGUUUGGUGUACGCCUCACAAGAUACGUACGAUAUUUGCAAAAUUACUGAAGAAGUUUUGAGAAAAUAUAUGUGUGUACAGGAUUUCAAAAUGACCAGUAUAAUACAUGCAAAGAUAAUGUACACAGUAUUGAAAAAAAAUGUAGGCAAUAACAACUUCUUUGCUGUCACAACUGAGCAUAUUUGUGGUUCACUGCACCAAAUAAAUAUAAUAAGAUUGGUGGCAGAAAAAUAUUUGAUGAUACGAUGUUAUCACAUGUGUAAAUUAGACAACUUAACCAGUAAUGUAAAUUCAAAAAGAAAAUUAUUUAAAAAGCAAAUUCAAAGAGAAGGAAAUUAAUAACAUGAAGAAGUGACCGAGCAUUUGUGAAAUGAUAUUUUGACAGUCGACAAAUAAUUGUAAUAAAUACGCUGUAAAAAGCGAGUGGUGCGGUGGUAACUCGGGUGAGUCGGAUAAAUCAUACUAUUAACGUAUUUUAACUAAUUUAAAUUUCCCUAAAAAUAUCACCACAUUAUUAUGAAUUUUCUACCAACUUAGUAGAAUUUUACUUACGUUGCC